UCUCUCCUCGCCUCAGUUCCUCUGUAAUACUUGACUCGAGGUGACGUGCCCACACGCCUCCAUUGCUGAUUCAUGUUAUUGACUUUUUUGAAUUAAAAUAAACUUUCAUACUGUUAAAGUUCAAAGUGAUAGGUAUUCAGUGACGAUGCCGCGUCCGUCGCGUGAGUCUUACGGUGAUCAGAAGCCGCCGUAUUCCUACAUCUCCCUGACGGCCAUGGCCAUCUGGAGCUCGCCGGAGCGCAUGCUGCCGCUGUCGGAGAUCUACCGGUUCAUCACGGACCGGUUCCCGUACUACCGGCGCAACACGCAGCGCUGGCAGAACUCGCUGCGCCACAACCUGUCGUUCAACGACUGCUUCGUGAAGGUGCCGCGCCGCCCCGACCGGCCCGGCAAGGGCGCAUACUGGACGCUGCACCCGCAGGCCUUCGACAUGUUCGAGAACGGCUCGCUGCUGCGCCGCAGGAAGAGGUUCAAGCUGCAGAAGGGGGAGAAGGAUAACUUGAACGCGGAGUUGGCGGCGCUGGCGAAUUUCAACCGCGCGUUCCUGGCUCGGCAGGCGGGCGCGCCGCCGCCGCCGCCGGCACUGCCCACCGCGGCCAUGUACACGCCGGUGUGCCCGCAGCGCAGCCCCGAGCCGGCCGAGCUGGCGGAGAGCACGCUGCUGGCGCCGCGCCCGCGCCGCGCCUUCACCAUCGAGGCGCUGCUGCAGCCCGAGCCGCCGCGCCGCUCGCCGUCGCCGCCGCGGCUGGAGCUGCCGCUGGCGCUGCCGCCCUACCUGCUGGCGGCGCGGCGCUACCACGCCGAGCUGCUGGCGGCCGCGGCGCUGCGGCCCGCCUACCUGCCGCCGCCGCACCCGCUCUCCGUCGCGUGACCCCACGCCGCCUACACUUGCUCAGAUAUCUCGUGCAAUGCUAGAUUGUAAGUACAGACUGUUUACCUACGUGGAUAGUGUAUAUUGAUAUUUAUAAAUUUAGUCUAGGAAUUUUGAUGAUGGUCUUCGAUGAUGAAGUGAUAACAGUGAAUCGAGUUAGUAUUAUUUUUCAUCAAAUUAAAUUAUUUAAAAUAAAAUAAUGCUAAUUACUGUCUUCUUACUUGACUAGUGCAGUUAAGCGCGGGUUACAGCGCAGAAAGUAGAAGUGCGGCGCGCGAGGCCUAAAUGCCCCUGCGGUCGCGCCCGCUCUCACACGUAUGGUUAAACGUAAAUACUGCAUUUAUCACAUUUUGACGUAUAGAAUAUCAUAGUUUGAAUUGUAAAGUAUUUAAAAGUGAUCUCACUUAUGAAUAAAUUAGUAAUGUAAUCGUUAAACCUGAUACAGUCUUAUAUAAAAGCUAUUUGGAUUUCUAGCCUGAUUCCGUCGGGUGUGAAUGUUCUGGUUUCAAAUUAUAUCCUCAUUUCUCAAUGCAUAGUUAAAUAUUUCUUUAUACUUGGAGGGAAAUCAUGACGGAAACACUUUACCGUAAAUAUUUAAUGAAGGUUUCUGUAACUAUUUACUACGAAUAGAUUGUGAUUUGUAUUUAUAAUUGUAGUUUCAAGUAAUGUUAACGACUUCAACAUAAUAAACUAAUCAAUACUUAAGUAAACUUUGUGACUGACUGAGUCACGGCAAUUGUUAUUUAUUCCGAUGUAAUUAAUCAAUGUUAUUGUUUAUAGAACUAUACUUAGAUAGAUACCUCAUUGUAAAUAGCGUUGUAAAUUGUUAUUUUUAUUUACUUGGUAGAAUAAAAUACAAAUUAAUUUAA